AUGAAGCCUAUGCAGACAUUGAUUGAUGAACCUAUUUCAGUGCCUAAGAACUACCAGCAUAUUCUGGCUUUAGCAUUUGCGAUCAAAGAGAUCAAUGAGAAUCCCACAAUCCUGUCAAAUAUCUCUCUUGGCUUCCACAUCCUCAAUAGUUACUUCAAUGCAAGGAUGACCUACAAGGCCACUCUGAGCCUCCUUUCCACACAACAAAGGUUUGUCCCCAACUUCAGCUGUCACAACCAGAACAAUAUGAUAGCACUAAUUGGAGAAUGUUUCUCUGAGAUCUCUGCUAACAUUGCAGUGAUUUUGGCAAGCAAGAAGACUCCUCAGGUUCAUCUUUUACUAAGAAGCAUCAUAUUCAAUAACAGUGUUGGAGACACUAUCUACUUUAAUGAAAAUAGAGAAUUAGUUGCAGGCUUUGAUAUUACAAACUGGAUGAUGUUCCCCAAUGGUUCAGUGAUGAGAGUAAAAGUUGGAAGGCUAGAACCUCAGGCUCCUCUAGGCAAUGAAUUGACCAUGAAUUAUGACCAGAUUGUGUGGCAUCAAAGCUUUAAUGAGGUUCUGCCUCGUUCUGUGUGCAGUGAUAGCUGCUAUCCUGGCUCCAGCAGGAAAAAGAAGGAAGGAGAGAAAUUUUGCUGCUAUGACUGUGUUCUGUGUCCAGAUGAGAUGAUCUCCAACAAGAAGGAUAUGGAUGCCUGUGUCAAAUGUCCAGAAGACCUGUAUCCCCACAGGAACCAAACUAAAUGCAUUCCAAAAUUGGUAACAUACCUCUCUUACAAAGAAGACUCAGGGAUCAUCUUAGCUAGCUUGGCUAUUUCUUUUUCUUUGACCACAUGUUCAGUACUUGGAAUUUUUAUGAAGCACAAGGACACUCCCAUAGUGAAAGCCAAUAACCGGACCCUCACCUACACCCUCCUCAUCUCCCUCCUCCUCUGCUUCCUCUGUUCUUUGCUCUUCAUUGGACAACCUGGAAAGGCAUCCUGCCUUCUACGUCAAACCACUUUUGGCAUUGUCUUCUCUGUGGCCCUUUCGUCUGUGUUGGCAAAGACCAUCACUGUGGUUGUGGCAUUUAUGGGAACAAAACCAGGAUCCAGAAUGAGUAAAUGGGUGGGGAAAAGACUGGCACAUUCUAUUGUUCUCUUCUGCUCUUUUAUUCAGGCUGCCAUUUGUACUCUUUGGUUAAGUUUUGCUCCUCCAUUCCCAGGUAGAGACAUGCAUUCAGUGAAAGGUGAAAUCAUACUGGAAUGUAAGGAGGGUUCUGUUUCCAUGCUUUAUUGUGUCUUGAGCUAUAUGGGUUCCCUGGCCAUAAUCAGCUUCAUUGUGGCUUUUCUUGCCAGGAAGUUACCUGACAGCUUCAAUGAGGCCAAGUUCAUCACUUUCAGCAUAUUGGUGUUUUGUAGUGUGUGGCUAUCCUUUAUUCCAACCUACCUGAGCACCAAAGGAAAAUACAUGGUGACUGUGGAGAUCUUCUCCAUCUUAUCAUCCAGUGCCGGAUUACUGGGUUGCAUCUUUUCCCCAAAAUGUUACAUCAUUGUGCUGAGGCCUGAGCUGAACAACAGGGAACAACUCACAAGGAAAAUAAAAUGA